CAGGUGUGAGACAGCGUGGUGAAGAUGGGAUCGCCACGGCGCUCCAGCCCCCCGUGGCCGACGUGGCUGCUGGUGUGGUUCGCGGCCCCGCUCGCCCUGGCGGCAGUGGCUUCCCUGGAUAUUGAAGUGACGGUUCCGCCGCUCAUCGGCCCUGACCUCCCCAAGGAAGAAGUCCUGUUCACGGUGAACCACGACCCCGAGCAGGAGCCGGAGCCCCUCACGCUGCCGUGCCGCGCCGACGGACUUCCCGCUCCCAGCUACUCGUGGCUGAAGGACGGCAGCCCCUACGACUGGCACGACGACGGCGACGACGACGGCGACGACGAUGACACCGGAGCGGGCGAGCGAGUCGAGAUGCUGCAGGGCGAAGGCACGCUGGUCUUCCACGACCCGCAGCCGGAGGACGAAGGAGUGUACCAGUGUAUCGCCGAGAACAGCGUCGGCGUCGCCCACAGCGACCUCAUCACAGUCCGCCGGGCAGUCAUGGGCAGCUUCCCGAAGGCCGAGCACAGGAUAGUGACCGCCGUCGAGUGGCAACCCCUCAAGCUGCCCUGCACGCCGCCCGAGGGAUACCCCGAGCCCACACUCCACUGGGUUCUGCAAAACUCCGACGGAGGACUUCGCAGUCUGGACUCUGAGCGAAUCACGGUGGACGAGGAGGGAACCCUCUGGUUCAGCUACGUGACGCGCGAGGACGCGUCCGGGGACGCCCUAUACGCUUGCGCCGCCUCCUCCGCCACCAGUGGCCAGAAGAUGUACCUCGUGAAAGACGAGGAAGGCUUCCUUGAGGUGCUCGAAGACCCUCCUGAGGACGAUUCCGUAACGGUCAUCAGUCUGCCGACUGAGUACCGCAUGGGGAACUGGGUGUACCUGAACGUGAGUUACCCCGAGGACGACGAGUCGACGCAUCCCGAGGCCAGCAUUGCGCCCGUCAAGCAGUACCUGAGUCCCCGCCAGAUCACGGUGCUCGAGGGGGAGGACGUCAAGCUGCACUGCCUCUACGGCGGAUACCCCGUCCCAGAAAUCCGUUGGUGGCGGGAGAGCAGAGCCGACGUGGAGGACGACCAGCUGGAGCACUUCGGAAAGAUUCUCGUGCUUCAGGACGUGGACCGCGAGGACACGGGCUCUUACUACUGCCAGGCCUCCAACGAGGCGGGCGAGAGUGAGGCGCACCAGUUCACCGUCUACGUUGAAGCUGCCCCUGAGUUCAUAGUGGAGCCAGAGGUGGUGAACCUGCCUGAGGGCGAGACGGCGACGCUGAGCUGCGAGGCGAAGGGCGACCCCGAGCCGACCAUCACCUGGACCAAGAAUGGGCAGCCCAUGGACACCCACGAGACCACGCUGAUGUUCGACCGCCUGAGCUUCGCCGACAAGACCGUCAUCGCCUGCAACGCCUCCAACGAGCAUGGCUACGUUUACAAGAGCGUUUACCUCAAUGUUCUGUCCCUCCCGCCCGAGUGGAUGACGGAGCCGAAGGAUGUGUACGUUCUCGAGGGCGGCUCGGCCGAGCUCGAGUGUGAGGCCUUCGGCUCGCCCGACCCCGAGAUCACAUGGGCGCGGCGCGACGGCGACGAGAAAACGGUCAUCCACGACGAGGACCCGCGCUACGAGGUCAAUGACCAUCAGCUCCUGAUCAACACUGUCGAUGACACAACCGACGGAGCCUACGUGUGCACGGCCACGAACAAGUUUGCGUCCAUCGAGUCGGAGGCUGAGGUCGCCAUGCGAAGUAUGACGCAGGUGGAAGUGAGUAUCAAGGAUGAACGAGUUGAAGCGGGAGAUCACGUGACCCUGGACUGCCAGGUGGCCAUCGACCCGCUGCUUAAGUCGUCUGUCACUUGGCUCAAGGAUAACGUGGAGAUUGACCUCAAGGAUGACAAUUUCCACUUGGGGCAAAGGGCUGUUGAUGAGAAGGACGACGAUGACGACGACGACGACAAGCAUAAGAUAGAGAAGUGGGUGCUGGAGAUCGAGGAGGUGCACGGCCACGACUCGGGCGUUUACACGUGCAGGGUGCACACUGACCUCGAUGACGUCACGGAUGACCUCAUUCUGACGGUAGAAGACGUCCCGAACCCCCCGAGCCUGACGAACGUGGAGUGCAACCCCCGCAGCGCCUACCUGGGCUGGGCCUCGACGGGCGAUAACAACGCCAAGCUUCAGGGCUUCGUGAUUCAGUACAGGACGCGGCUACACCCGGAGUGGAAGGACGCUAAGAACCAGAUUCCGGCCGCGGAAACCUCUUUCACUGUCAACAUGAGUCCCGGCCUCAACUACACCUUCCGAGUGCUGGCCUUCAACCGCGUGGGUAUGUCGGAGCCCAGCGAGGACACGGCCGAGUGCUCGGCGCCGGGCCUGCCGCCGGACUUCCACCCCGAGAACGUCACCGUGACCGGGCCCGCCCCCGGCACCCUGCACAUCUCCUGGGAGGAAAUGGAGCCCGAGGACCACAACGGCCCCGACUUCCAGUAUAAGGUGUCUUGGCGUGCUCUUGAUGACGACGACGAUGACGACGAUGCCGACGGGGACGACGGAAACACGACCGUUGCCGAGGAGGAUGAGGACGAGGACGGCUGGCACACGAAGAUGAUCGAGGAUUGGGAAGAGUCGGAGCUGGAGCUGGAGAACCUGCCGCCCUACCAGGAGUACGAGGUGAAGGUGGAGGCGCGUAACUCCUACGGCGAGGCCCUUGAAGAAGCCGACGUCAUAACAGGCUUCUCUGGCCAGGACGAGCCCGAAGACGCGCCCGCGAAGGUCAGGGUUGCCGACGCUGACGCAACUGAUGUUGUUCUCACUUGGAAGCCUAUUGACGAAGAUUCCCUGAACGGCCCUCUCCUUGGCUAUAAGGUGGAGUACUGGGAGGAGUCAGACGACAGUGACCCGGAGGAGAUCCUGACGACUGGUCCUGUAGCCCGCGCCGAGCUCACGGGUCUCCGCCCCUUCACCACCUACCACGCCCGCAUCAGCGUUGCCAACACAGAGUACACGGGGCCGUUCAGCGACACAGUGGAAUUCAUGACUGCUGAAGGAGACGCUGGUCCAGUCUCUGACCUGGAGGUGCGAGCAAUGGGCGCUGACAGUCUGGUCGUGAGGUGGGACGCUCCUGACGAUCCUCAGGGCGUAAUCCUCGGAUACGAAGUCAGGUACCAGAAAGUAGACGAGGACGGGGAGGAGGAGUGGGAGCACUACGAGGAGGACAUCCCCGCCUCCACUAGGAUGGUCAAGCUCGCCGACUUAGAGGAGGACGCCAGCUAUGAGGUCAGCGUCGUUGCCGUGAACGGAGCCGGAGAAGGUGAAUGGACAUCUUCCACGGUUGACCUGGAAGCAUCUGAACCACAGGUGCCAGCUGUGCCUGUAUUCAGCUGGUCUUUCCAGAAGGAAGUCGAGGAGGACCACACAGACAGAGACGGGGACGGCGAUGUGGACGAGGAGGACAUCCGAAAUAAGAACAUGAUCAUCGGUGAUACCGAUGGGGAUGGUGACGUAGACGAGGACGACGUCCUGGAUACAGAUAAUGACGGAGAUAUUGACGAAAAAGAUAUCGAAGUCGCUGACAUCGAUAAUGAUGGGGACGUCGACGAAGAUGAUGUGGAAGCUGCUGACAGGGACGGCGAUGGAGAUGUCGAUAUUGCUGACAUUGGUGAUGAGGACGGAGACGGCGAUUUCGAUGGAGACGACGUUAUCGCAGCUGAUGAGGACGGAGACGGCGAUAUCGACGCAGCAGAUGAGGAUGAGGAAAAUGUUCUUUUGGAAGACAAAAAUGAAGAUGGGGUAAUCGAUGAAGACGAUGUUGGCGAUAUCAACAACGAUGGAAUUAUCGACGAAGAGGACUUAGACGAAGCAGAUAUUGAUAAUGACGGAGAUGUCGACGAAGAUGACCUUAAGAUUGCCGAUAAAGACGGAGAUGGGGAUGUCGACGCGGCAGACGUCCUCGACUUGGACGGCGACGGAAGAGUUGACGGGGACGACCUCGAAGUCACAGACAAAGAUGGCGAUGGCGAUAUUGACGCUCGGGAUUACAAACUGAAGACGAUGUUCUUGUCGGAUGUGGAUGGCGAUGGAGAUAUUGACUCUGAUGAUGUCAUCGACAUUGACGAUGAUGGUGACAUUGACGAAGCUGAUAUAGCUAUUGCCGAUAUUGAUAACGAUGGGGAUGUAGACAUCGAUGACAUUAAGGCAGCUGAUAGGGAUGGUGACGGUGAUGUUGAUAUUGCAGACAUAGGAGAUGAAGAUGAUGAUGGCGAUAUUGAUGGGAAGGAUGUUAUCCUUGCUGAUAAAGAUGGUGAUGGUGAUAUUGAUGCAAGCGAUGAUGAUGAAGAGGAUUCUCUCCUCGAGGAUCGUGAUGGUGACGGCACCAUCGAUCGUGAUGACGUAGGAGACCUCGACGGUGAUGGUGAUGUGGAUCUAGAAGAUUUUCAGGCUGCGGAUAUAGACGACGAUGGUGACGUAGAUGAGGAUGAUGUCAAGGCAGCUGACAGAGAUGGUGAUGGCGAUGUUGACGCCGCUGACGUCCUUGACCUUGAUGGCGACGGCAAAAUUGAUGGUGAUGACCUAGAAAUGGAAGAUCGCGAUGGUGAUGGUGACAUUGACAUCAAGGAUGUUAAAUAUCAACAUACAUUGCUUGCAGACACGGACAAUGAUGGAGACAUUGAUGAAGAUGACGUUUUAGAUGUUGAUGGUGAUGGAGAUAUUGAUGAAAUUGACAUCAAGGCAGCAGAUCUUGAUGAUGAUGGUGAUGUAGACGAGGAUGAUCUGAAGCAGAAUGACAAAGACGGAGACAACGACGUUGAUGCGUCGGACGUACAGGACCUUGACGGCGACGGCUUCAUAGACGAAGACGAUCUGGAUGUGAAGGACAAGGACGGCGAUGGUGACAUUGACCAUGAUGACUUCCGACUCCGAAAGAUCAUCCUCGCUGACACGGACAACGAUGGCGACAUCGAUGAGGAUGACGUCCUUGACAUGGACAAUGACGGUGACGUCGACCAGAAAGAUAUUGAUGUUGCUGACAUUGAUAACGAUGGUGACGUUGACAAGUAUGACAUCGCGGCUGCCGACAGGGACCAUGACGGAGACGUCGACGUAGCUGAUAUUGGAGACGAGGAUGGCGACGGUGACGUGGACGGGGAUGAUGUGAUCAAGGCCGACAAAGAUGGUGAUGGAGACAUCGAUAAUGAGGACGAUGAUGGAGAGCAUGUGCUUCUGUCGGACAUGGAUGGCGACGGGGACAUCGACGUCACCGACAUCGAUAAUGACGGGGAUGUUGACGAAGACGAUAGAAAAGCUGCUGACGUCGACAACGAUGGCGAUGUCGACAAAGAUGACGUGGCCGCGGCGGACCGAGACGGAGACGGAGACGUUGAUGCGGCUGACAUCCUAGACGUUGACGGCGACGGCGACAUUGACGCCAAGGACCUCAUGGCGGGGGAUAAGGACGGCGACGGAGAUAUCGACCAGGCAGACGUGGAGAACAUGGACGUGUUCCUCAAGGAUACGGACGGCGACGGCGACGUUGACGAGGACGACGUGCUUGACACGGAUCACGAUGGAGACGUGGAUGAAGAGGACAUCGCUGUGGCGGACAUCGACAACGAUGGUGACGUCGAUAUGGACGACGUGAUUGCGGCCGACCAAGAUGGCGACGGAGAUGUCGAUUUCAAAGAUAUUGGAGACGAGGAUGGAGAUGGAAACAUUGACGGCGACGACCUGGUGGCAGCAGACCGCGACGGCGACGGCGACGUGGACGCGGCCGACGACGGGCGCGGAGUCGACGUCGUCAUCAACUGGAAGCCCGAUUUCGAGAAACACCCCGGAGUCGACUUCUAUGUAGAAAGCAGGAUCCAGGGGAGCAGUGAGUGGCAGUCCUCGCCCGUGGAGCGCCGGCACCUGUACCAGACGCUGAGCGGCCUGGAUCCUCGCAGGAACUACGAGGUGCGCGUCGUGGCGCGGGACGGCGACUACGAGACGCCCUCGGGGAUCACUGUCAUCCAGGCUUCCGAAGGACGGUCGCUGGCUGAGAAGCGUCUGGCGGAGUGCGGGAGGCGUGGUUCAGAUUUGUACCACGGUGGCACGAGGGCCAGACAUGGUUGGAAAACUCAAGAGUUCAGCGACUCGCUUGCAUUUCUUCAUUGCCCUAUAUGUGGCGACCGCGUCACCGGCGGUGUGCGCUCACCCUCAUCAGUAGGCUUUUGGAGUGUGGUGGAAGCGCGUCGUCCUGGAGGGGGCACGGCUUAA